ACAAGUCUCUCUUCCAUCAUCACCCCUUCUCUUCUCCCUCCCACACCUUCUCUCUACCUCUCUCCAAGGGACACAAAUGCUACUAACACACCGGCAGGUUAGCAAGCAGACUGUCAGCAAGCGAGAAGGACACGAGAGGGGAAACGGUUAUUUUCAACUCCAGAUAUUAUCCAUCUGAAAUAACGGAAACUGCACAACACGGUAUGUGAAUAAUACCCCCUCAACCUCUACCGGCCAGCGCUUCAGACACCAGCUGACAGACAAGCAAACUGACUGAGAAACUAAGAAAGAGCUGACAAGCAAACUGACUGACUGAUGAAAACAAAGUUUGAAAGACACAGAAACUAAGAAAGAGCUGACAAGCAACCUGACUCCAUUAUAGACUAGAGAAAGAAACACACAACAGAUGUCCUGACUGGCUCAUAACCAUCAGACAGACGGCCGGUUGUACUGUGGAACACAUAAACACUCUGAAGAUCGUCCGGGGCCCAGAGAAUAAAUGGCUGACAAGCAGAUCAGUUUGCCUGCCAAAUUGAUAAAUGGUGGGAUCGCAGGGCUGAUUGGUGUGAGCUGUGUGUUUCCUAUUGACCUGGCCAAGACCCGCCUGCAGAACCAGCAAAAUGGAUCACGCCUGUACACCAGCAUGUCUGACUGCCUUAUCAAGACUAUCCGCUCAGAGGGAUACUUCGGGAUGUACAGAGGGUCUGCGGUGAACCUAACCCUGGUCACUCCAGAGAAAGCCAUCAAGCUAGCAGCAAAUGACUUCUUCAGACAAUACCUCUCCAAGGAUGGUCAGAAGCUCACCUUGGUCAAAGAGAUGCUGGCGGGGUGUGGGGCAGGUACAUGUCAGGUUAUCGUCACAACUCCUAUGGAGAUGUUGAAGAUUCAGCUUCAAGAUGCUGGGAGAAUUGAGGCCCAGAGGAAGCUGAUGCCAGAGACAGUAGUACCGGGGGCCGUCCCGACCAAGUCCCCCACCGCCAUGCAGCUGACCAGGGAACUACUGAAAGAGAAGGGCAUCGCUGGGCUGUACAAGGGUCUGGGGGCCACACUGCUCAGGGAUGUUCCGUUCUCCAUCAUCUACUUCCCUCUGUUUGCCAACCUGAACACCCUGGGGAAGAGAGGAGCGGAGGGCCCCGCCCCGUUCUAUGUGUCCUUCCUGGCAGGCUGUCUGGCUGGCAGCACUGCCGCUGUGGCUGUCAACCCUGUAGAUGUGAUAAAGACCAGAAUCCAGUCCAUGAACAGAGGGAGUACAGAGGAAACUUACAGCGGGGUGACUGACUGUAUCAGUAAAAUCAUGAAGAACGAGGGUCCCUCAGCGUUCCUGAAGGGGGCGUACUGCCGUGCCCUGGUCAUCGCGCCCUUAUUUGGUAUCGCCCAGGUGGUCUACUUCUUCGGCGCGGGAGAAUACAUCCUCAGCUUCCUGCCUGGCAACUAAGUGACAAGAACAUCAACCAAUCAGAUCUCUGCCUUUCCCUCCUCCCUUACAACAUCACUAACUACAUCAUGCACCGACCGCACACCGAUAGGAUCCAGCAUCCUAUAGGAUCCAGUCACUGAUAGGAUCCAGCCACCGGUAGGAUCCAGCCACUGAUAGGAUCCAGCAACCUAUAGGAUCCAGUCACUGGUAGGAUCUAGCCACCGGUAGGAUCCAGUCACUGGUAGGAUCCAGCCACCGGUAGGAUCCAGUCACUGGUAGGAUCCAGCCACUGGUAGGAUCCAGCCACUGGUAGGAUCCAGCCACCGGUAGGAUCCAGCCACUGGUAGGAUCCAGCCACCGGUAGGAUCCAGUCACUGGUAGGAUCCAGCCACUGGUAGGAUCCAGUCACCGGUAGGAUCCAGCCACCGGUAGGAUCCAGUCACUGGUAGGAUCCAGCAACCUAUAGGAUCCAGUCACCGGUAGGAUCCAGCCACCGGUAGGAUCCAGUCACUGGUAGGAUCCAGCAACCUAUAGGAUCCAGCCACCGGUAGGAUCCAGCCACCGGUAGGAUCCAGCCUCCGGUAGGAUCCAGCCACUGGUAGGAUCCAGUAAUAGCGCUCAACUAUGAACGUCAACCUCCGCUCUCCCCAGGAUGAAUUCAGCGGGCCACAACACUGUGGAACGUUCAGAUAGAAAUAUGUUGUGAAGAGCAAACAUGCCGUCUCUGACAUGUAGCCUAGCCUACAGUAAGGAAUCAUGUCAGCUCUAUUUAUGACAUUUCUAUCUGCAACUUUCCACAAUGUUUACCUGCUGAAUGUGACCCAACUCUCUGCCUCUCUUCAAUUACAUCGAUGUGACCCAACUCUCUGCCUCUCUUCAAUUACAUCGAUGUGACCCAACUCUCUGUCUCUCUUCAAUUACAUCGAUGUGACCCAACUCCCUGCCUCUCUUCAAUUACAUCGAUGUGACCCAACUCUCUGCCUCUCUUCAAUUACAUCGAUGUGACCCAACUCUCUGCCUCUCUUCAAUUACAUCGAUGUGACCCGACUCCCUGCCUCUCUUCAAUUACAUCGAUGUGACCCAACUCUCUGCCUCUCUUCAAUUAACAUCGAUGUGACCCAACUCCCUGUCUCUCUUCAAUUAACAUCGAUGUGACCCAACUCCCUGCCUCUCUUCAAUUAACAUCGAUGUGACCCAACUCUCUGCCUCUUUCCCUCACAACUACAUCAAUAGGAUCCAGGAGAUCACCUGUCAUCAUGAAAUAAGGUUUUGAUCACUACCACCAAUUUGGGAUUUAUUUAUUUUACCCUCUAGAGGUGAACAAGUUCCUGUUUGCCUCGUUCAGUGUCCCUGUUGUGUUGAAUGUCAUGUUAUGGUUGUGAGCACACUAAUAGGAACACUAGGAUGUUGAUUGCCAAGCUGCUUAUGGUGGCAACACAAGAUUCCAGUGGAAUUGAAGCCACAAAUAUCAUGUUCUCAAAUGAUGAUCUUGUUUUUGAUUUGAAAUGUUUUCGUUUUAAAAUGUGAGCGUGAUUGGUGGUUACAGGGUAACCCUUUUGUCUGCAUAGGGUGCUGCAGUUUUACAAGCAGCUAUAUAUCGGUAGUUAGUUAUCUCUGUCAGUGCAGCCGUAGCAGCAGAAUGGUCAUGAUGACAACUAUCAAUCACAUUUAACAUCAACAACAUAUCUUGUAAUAAUAUAAGUAGUCAAAAAAUAGCUGAUCCUAAUGAAGAAGCAAAAAAGGCUGGAAUAAGUUCUCAAGAAGACACAGGACCAGUUAGACAGAUUACCGAGCAAUGCUUUUUAACCCUUUACACUCGUGGGAAUUAGUCUACAUGGAUAGGGCUACAUGGAAAUGUUUCUUACUGAAUAAAUAUGAAAAGCAGAUGCAUAAUCAUGGUGGCAAUUAAAAGGGAACAGUUUGGAGAUUAUGGGACCAUUACUAGUCUGUCACGAUCGUUUACGGAUGAGACGGACCA